GACAGAUGCCCAGUUUUGUAUUUUUAUUCCAUCCCACUGCUGUAACUUUGACAUUUAGGCGAAUUACAACCCUUUUAAGAGCAGAAUUUGACACAGAGGGUACAAACAGGAACACACUGGAAAGAAAUGCCUACUCUGCAUUCCUGAGGUACCUCAGAGAAGUUGCCAGUGGACGAAGGGAAAAUCUCUGUCUUGGAAGUAUUUUGCAGUUCAUAACUGGUACAGAUGAGGAACCUGUACUUGGAUUUAAAAUCCAACCAAGUAUCCGUUUUGUUGAGGUAGACCAGUCAUAUAUCCCGACGGCUAAUACAUGCAUCAACUGUCUUACUUUGCCCUGCGCAAGAGUUGGAACAGACUCAAAUUUACCUGAUGAUCAAGAACUUUUCUCUCUGUAUGACUAUGCAUUUUGCAACAAUUUUUUGGGGUUACAGUGAAUAUCUGUGUACAUGUAGAU